UUCAAUCACCAUGAUGUCAUAGAUAUCGGGAUUUGAAGGUAACACGUGUUAUUAAUGACACUGUCACCAUGAGUCAACUUUCAGUUGCAACAAACUUUAGCUGUUGUAGCAUUCCUGCAGAAAUCAUUUUAAAUCAGGACAAACCAUUCAUAGAUGAAAUAGAGACUGUUGACCAGCUGUAUUAUUCAAAACUUUACGCAUCAUCCGAUGAUACCGGUGCCUUCCGUGAUCUUUCAUCCGAUUCCAGCAGUGACGAGUUUAAUUAUGAGUCGGAUGAAUCUUCAGAUGGGAAUGAUAUUAUAUUUGUUUCAACCGAACCCAGUGAACAUGAUACAACUGAAUACAUAGCUCAGGCUAAAUUCCGCAAUGACACCUGUAACUGUAAACUAUAUAGUGGUGCACCAUGCAGUGUAAAUAUUGACUUGGAAUCAGCAUUUGAAUUCAGAGAACACUGUCACCAAUUAACACAUGAUGAACUUGAUAUCACAGUGAAGGCUGAGCUAUUUGCUCACCGUAGAUCUGGUGAUCAUACCCAGUCAAAGAAGCACAAGGUAAAAGAGAGGGAACGACCGUAUCAAGAGUUUUAUUUUCAUGGAGUCCGUGUUUGUAGAACUACAAUUUGUUUUAUACAUGAUAUCAGCAAGAACAAAUUACAGGCAAUUAGUAAGUCGCUGGAUACUCAUGGUUUGAUUCCACGAAAACAUGGCAAUUUUGGGAAAUCUCCACAUAAUGCACUGUCCGUAAAUGACAGGCAGCAUAUCAAGACAUUUUUGACUAAAUAUGCUAAAGACAAUGCUUUGCCUAUUCCUGGUAGACUACCAAAUUACAAGUCAGAAAAGGUGCUUCUUCUUCCCUCAGAUACAACUGCCUUGGACAUUUUUGAAAAGUAUGAUACCCUGGCUGUUGACAUGAAGUUUCGACAAGUAAGUCUGCGUACAUUUCGGAGAAUAUGGCAUGAUUUAUGUCCAUACAUUACAGUCAUGAAACCAUGUACAGACUUGUGCAACUUGUGUCAAAACUUUUCACAUAAAGUUUCUGUGACUGGUCCAGCAAAUGAUGAUGAGAAGAAACAAGUAUUGGAGGAGUAUAGCAACCAUGUCAACCAUGCUAAACAACAGAGAGAUGUAUACAGGCAGCAAUGUUCAGAAAGUAAAGAAAAGUUCAAAUUGCUGCCAGAAGAAAAGAAAAUAACAGGUAAUCCGCCCUGUUCAGUCGAUGGAGCUUUCCAUUACUCCUGGGAUUUUGCACAGCAAGUUCAUUUUCCCCAUCAUGCUCAGCAGGUUGGUCCCAUCUUCUUUAAGACCCCACGGAAGUGCAGUGUCUUCGGAAUCUGCUCAGAGGGUUCAGGAAAGCAACUUUUCUACUUUGUGGAUGAGGCUGAAAACUCUGGAAUUGGGAAGGGAGCUAACUCAGUUGUCAGCAUGGUCCAUCACUAUUUUCAGCAUCAUGGACAUGGAGAAAGGAUUGCAAACAUCCAUUUUGAUAACUGCAGUGGACAGAAUAAAAACAACAUUGUGUUGUGGUAUGCCCUUUGGAGAGUCUUAGUUGGUCUGCAUAUUGUCGUUCAAUACUCUAUGAUGAUUGCUGGUCACACAAAGUUUGAUCCUGACUGGCAUUUUGGUGUGUGGAAACUGCGCUGGAGAUCCAGUAAUGUUGAAACUCUAGAGGAAGUUGCCAAGACAGUUACACACUCAUCACGUAAUGGACAUAAUAUUCCACAGUUGGUGAAAGAUGAAGACAAACCCGUUAUAUUUAGAGACUGGAAGUCAUACUUAAAGCAGUACUUCAAGCCCCUGAAGAAUCUCACAAAAUAUCACCAUUUUCUUGUUGACGCUACUAAGCCUGGGACAGUGUUAUGCAAGGAACUAAAUGACUCUCCCACAGUGUCUGUCAACCUGCUGAAGAGAAAGGACUUCCUUCCAUCUCUGGAUGAUGAACCAGAAGAAAUGGUGUCAGCAGGACUGGAUCCAUCAAGACAGUGGUAUUUGUAUGACAACAUUAGGGAAUAUUGUAAGACAGAAAGCUCACAGAACAUUACAUGUCCUAAACCCACUGUACUGAAAUCAGAAGUGGACCUAGUACAAGAAAUUGACAAAGCACCAAGUCUUCCAUGCAAACGAAAAGGUUUACUGUUGAGAUGAUGUUGAUGAUUGCUUGCUUAGUAUAUACAUGUUCUUGAUGCAAGCAGCAUGUAUGUCUAAAACUUUGACAACCAAUUAAUGUUUUGUUAUUUAAUUGUUAGGAAUUGUUCAGUUUAUACUAGUGGCUGUUGAAUUAAUUCUUUGUUUAUGUUGACAGUUGAUGUAUCAGACAAUUAAAACAAGUCUUAUAGUGUACUACAC